UUUCUUGUAGGUUUCCUGCAGAUUUUAAGUGUUGCAAUGGAACCGAGCUGGAGUACGUUUUUAUUCCAGCAGGCCAACGAAGCCCUGCAUCACCAGCACCAGGUGGCCCAGAACAGCCUGCUGCCACUGCUCAACGCCGGGGCAGAGCCGCAGGACCAGAAGCCCGUCCUGCCCAUCCCGCUGGACCAGAAGCCCCCAGUCAGCGCUGCUGAGCUCCUGAAGGACAAUGUGGCCAGCGGGACGGGGGGCGGGGGUGGUGGGGGUGGAGGGGGCCCCCCGCUCGCCGUGGUGAAGAAGGAGCCCAAAACCAAGACUCCCUUCAUCUGUGGCUACUGCAACAAGGCGUUCCGGGACAGCUACCACCUGCGGCGGCACGAGUCGUGCCACACGGGUGUCAAGAUGGUGUCGCGGCCCAAGAAGGCACAGGCGGCUCCCACCAUGGUGCCACUCAUCUCCACCGUGCCGAGGGAGAACAGCGCCGGCAAUGCCUCCUACAUCUCCACCAUCGCCGGCAUCCUCACCACGGCGACCACCUCCGCCUCCACGGGCUCCAGCAUCAUGUCAGCCACGCCCAUGGCCACCCACCAUGCGCACCAGCAGCAGAGCGCACCCAAGAAGCCCGCCAAGCCUGUCAAGAAGAAUCACGGCUGCGAGAUGUGCGGCAAGGCCUUCCGCGACGUCUACCACCUGAACCGCCACAAGCUGUCGCACUCGGACGAGAAGCCCUUCGAGUGCCCCAUCUGCCAACAGCGCUUCAAGCGCAAGGACCGCAUGACCUACCACGUGCGCUCGCAUGAUGGCGGAAUCAACAAGCCGUACAUCUGCUCGGUAUGCGGGAAGGGUUUCUCCAGGCCCGAUCAUCUCAGCUGCCACGUCAAACACGUUCAUUCCACAGAGCGGCCCUUCAAGUGCCAAGUAACGGCUUGCACAGCCGCCUUCGCUACCAAAGACCGCCUGCGCUCCCACAUGAUCCGGCAUGAAGGCAAGGUCACCUGCAACAUCUGUGGGAAGAUGCUGAGCGCGGCCUACAUCACCAGCCACCUAAAGACACACGGCCAGACCAGCUUCAACACUUCCUGUAACAAAGACACUAACGACGUGUGCAACUCCGCCUCAGCCACACCUGUCACGGCUUCUGCCGCCAUCACCACGGCGAUGAACCGCGGCAACAGCAGCAGCAACCCGGUGACCAUCGCAGCGCAGAUGAACAUCACCACCAACACAGUCAACAUCACCUCACCGGUCAACCUCCAGCACCCCGUGACCAUCACGGCGCCGGUCAACAUCCCAGCCACAGCACCCAUGAAUAUCGCCCACCCUGUGGCCAUAACCACGCCCAUGCCCAUGAAUAUCACUGGCCCCCUCAACAUCGCCAUGAGACCCAUGGAAAGCAUGCCUUUUCUGUCCCAAGUCCUCCCGUCCUCCCCUCCUUGGUAAAACAAGAACAGAAAGUCACCCCUUUUUUAACCCCACCCCCUUUACUCAGCCACACCCCCACCUCCUGGCCCCUCUUCCUUCCGCUGAUGCCAAGGUUUUCUGAGUGCAGAAGGCAGGCAGGGGGCGGGGACAGCGGCUGCAGCCACAAGACCAGCAACGCUGUAGCGCAAACCACAAUAAGACACUCAAAUCCUGUACCAGCCGGCCAAGCCUCCGUCUCUCACUCUGAAGGAUGGCUGCCCCAGCACUCCUGGAGAUGAUGGGAGGAGGAGAAAUUAGGGGGCAAAACCCAUGGAGGAAGGGAUGAAGCAUCAAUUGAGGUGGAGGAGAGAGGAGAGAGGGUGGGGAAAGGACACUGUCCUGCUGUUUCAAAGGUUCCUCUGCCACACAUUGGGUUUUUAAGAGGUUUUUGUUUUGUUUUGUUUUUACUAUAGCCUGUUAAUCAGUAUUUAAUAGUUUUUAAGCAUUUUAAACAAUAAAAUACAGUAAAAGGGACAAGAGGUUUCCAUCGUGAGGGAAGGAGGUUGUUUAACGUGCAUGUGAACAUGGUUUUACAGAUCUGAGGAACCUCUUUGAGGCAGUCUUUUUAGAUUAUCUGACAGGAUGGGAAAGGAUGAUAUUAAUCUCAUCCUUUCUAACCGUCUCUCCAUAGCUCAAUAUUUUUCUUUUUUUUUUUAAGUACAUUUGUGGGGGCGAUCCCUCUCGAUGGUUGGAUGUGUACUAUUUCUUUAUUUUUUAAUAUUUUUAAAAAUAUUUUGGGGAUAGCUGGGAUGUGCUUCUUUUUCGUAGUGGGCAGCAAGCAUUAGUUGCUCUAUGGGAAUUGAGAGAGGAGCGAGUCUUGCACUGAACGCAUAUCCCACGUGUAACGUUCUAAAAAAGAAAGAAAACAGCAGUAUUAUCAAAGAUCAAAACUGUAAGUGUUAGGCAACAGGCCUUUAAGGUAGACACUGGGGCCAUCUAGUGGCCAGUAGAUGCCAUGCUGAGAGAUGAGUCCCAAAGUUCACCAGUUUUAUUCUAAUUAUUAUGUUGGUGACAGACUGUAGAGUUUUUGCUAGAAUUAUUUUAUACCCAUGUUUUUAAAAAAUUGUUUGGUUUCUUUUUUCUCUAAAGUUGAGGACCCCUGUACUUCUGGGUCUUCAGCUCUGGAAGCUUACAGAGUAGCCUGGUAAUCUGGUUUUGUGUACAAGAUGAAAUGUCUAGUGUGUUAACUUUGUCCUGGAUUAUUUUUUAUAUUACUUUGUAAAUAUUUAACACCAUAUACUUCUUUUUUUCUGUCAGACAAUAAAAUCUAGAAGCCCUGCACAGGCCAGAGAUUCAAAAACUCUAUCAAUGAUGUCGCCGUCCGUUUAAGGAAAAGCAAAAGACGACUACUUUGCUUCGUUAUUGCUCAGUCUUUAUCCGGUACCUUCAAAACUCAAAUUCACUGCAGAACCAAAGCCUGCCGUCUGUUAAGGGGUCCAUUAGGUGUUACCCCCUCUGUAGAGAGAUGCCGCGUGCCACCUUGAGAUCUGCUCUGGGAACAAAAGGUCAAAGGUCAGGCUCGCACCCUCUCUCUGUUGUUCUCAGGCACUGCUCCAGGCUGGUUCCAGUGAACAGACCUCUUCCUCUCUGUGGACGUUGGAACUCGCAUGUAGCCCGGUGCCUACAGAUGGCUCAACGCUGUAUGCUAGAAUGCACUAACGUAGGAUAACUGGGGUUGGUUGGCUGUCUGGCCCACGCCUUCCACCCUGCCCACCCUGACCCUACCUGUUCGGACCCAUAGUAGCAUUUCAUGCAAACAUCGUGCUCAGGUGUGUUUGCUCAGACCUGUUAAUUGGCUCUAAUGCCUAUGCAAAGGUGUCCCCAUCUGCCCGCAAGUGAUGCAGGACCAGAGGUGCCAGUCAAAUUUGGGCUGAGCUUGGGAAAAAGUUACAACAUGAGAGACGGAAAGGUGACGUAUUUUGUCAAAUGUAAACACUAAGAAGCUGUAAGCUGGGGAGGUAGAAACCACUCCGCCUGAACUGUUAGUUAAACUCGUGCCGAUGCAGUGCUGCGUGGUUCUUGCUGACAGAUGUGGAGUGUUAUGGAUUCAUUUUGGCACUCCCCCCUGGUCAGUCAGGUGCAAGAAUAAUUAACCAAUCAGAGACGUUUUGGAAGACUGAAGCACGAUCUGCAUUGUCGUGGUAAAUAUGAAUUGCCGCUGUUCUGUGUUGAGAAAUCGACCACUCCAAUCAUGCGUACACCGCGAAGUGAAAAAAUGACGAACUUAGUGAGCUGCGCUUUUGUGAAAUUUGAAGACAGAAUGGCAUAAUGCAUACUGUGUGUUCCUCUUAAUAUUCUGUCGGGUUGCUUUACAGAAAACGUUCAAUUCGGUCACCGCAAAAAGGACAUGAAAUGAUUUCAAGGCAUAACUGUUGGUCGAAAGACCGCAUGAGAAUCUCGAUCUUCCACAUUUUACCGUCAAGGAUGAAUUGGCCGAGCUCUGCUCCCUGUAAAGGCAGAUGAAUGUAUAUCUGUAUAAAAUAUUUAGUUCUGAGGAAGUGGUAGUUGGGAUAGACAUAUGUGCAAGAGAAAACAACAAGAUAACCUUUUAUAAAUCUUUUGUAUUAGAACAUUAACAACGGUAAUUUUGUAUAUAUGAAGACUAGGCUUUCUGAUUAGCAGAGAGAUAAAACAUUCCUACAUUUUUUUUAAUGUAUGUCUGUCAAAAAAAUUAUGUAAACAUAUGCGCAAUGUUUU